UUUUUCCCAUUAAAAUUUUUCUGUAACGAAAUCUGUUUUUUACAGCGUUAACCAUUAAUUCUUAAGUAAAUUGCUUUCCGUAUUUAAGAAAAGAUAGUACAGGGUAAAAUGUGUGAUACCGCCUCUGCCGAAGACAUAGAUGAAUUCAUUGAAUAUGAACUGCGAGAUUGUAUUGAAAUCGAGGAUGACCCCGAUGAUGAAGUGUUCUACCAGCAACAAAACUGUGAUGAAAAUUACGAAAUAGUUGAAGAACUGGAAGAAGAAACGGAAUAUGACACAAACACAGUGGAUUCAAAUGUCGUUACAGAGAUAGAUGUAAAACCCGUUUGUCUAGAAGACACCGACUUUCAUACUUCUGGCCAAUUAGCAAUGAAGAGCGAAUUUGAAGAGGGCUUUGAAGAGGCUAAUGAAGUCCAUGAAAUUGAAUUUUUACCAGAAACUGGCAUGUUAGGUGAAGACACGGAAUUUGUCUUACCUGAUAAAUCGGCAACGGUUAAUGGGAAUGGUAAUAAGCGCGUAGGAUUACAAAUAGAAAAGGAUAACAGAAUAACGUUACAACAACAAAUUAAAACCGAAGAAAAAAUUAAUAAGAUGAUAGGCGAAGGUCCGCGACGUUAUAUGUUAUUUGAUGAACUUGUUGCAUGCAUAGUGGAUUAUGAUCCAGAUGGCACGCCUAUUGUAGAGUUUUCUAUAUCAGGUUCUGAGGCUGAUGAAAAGUUGCCCGUAGAAUGUGGUAUCUGCCCCGACGUUAUGCAUCGCACUAAAUUAGCUAAACACCUAAAAACACAUGUGGUACCCGGUACAAAUCGUUAUCAGUGCAUUUAUUGCGAGGAAACUUAUAAAGAUUGCAAAUAUUUGGCUGGACAUGCUCGACGUCAUAUGGGCAUUCGGCCCUAUGUGUGUGAAUUAUGUAAGCUUUACUUUUCCACCAAACAGGAUUUAAGAGUACAUAAUCAACGGCGGCAUCAGGAAAAAGAACACAUCUGUGAAGUAUGUGGCAAGACCUUUGCUCAGAACACACAACUCAAAAGACAUCGAGAAUCGACACAUGAAAAAAAACGCCGCUUCCAAUGUGAGCAUUGUCCGAAAUCAUACUAUAAAAACUUUUCCCUACAAGAACAUGUACGGGCCGUGCAUAUGGGCAAGCGUCGAAUGAUUGUGUGUCCGUUCUGUGGUAUGCAGUGCCGCGAUGCUCACAAAAUGGCUCGUCAUCGUAAGCAAAUGCACCUCCAUCAAUCGCACUACGAAUGUCAUAUUUGUCACGAAGAGUUCACAGAUAUCAAUUACUUUGAUGCCCAUAAACGUUCGAUACAGUGCCGUAAUAAUACGCGACGUAAAAUGGAAGAGGAAGCUCUGUUGCGGAAACAACAAAUGGAAGAAGAAGAAGAAGAAGAGACAACUGUGGACGGAGUUAGUCUCGAUAAUAGUGAGGUGCAGCAUGUGCAACUAAUAAGUGAAGAUGAUAUCAAAGAAAUAUUCGCUAAUAGUGAUCAUCAAGACAUGCUAAUUGAUCAGAAGUUUAUAGAGAUAGUCCCACAUGAAGAAGGUGAAGAUGAGGAUUUGGGCGAUGAACUUGUAUAUGAAAUAACAAUAGAUAGCAAUGAUAACUGAAUUAAAAAUAUUAUAAUCCUUUAAAAAAAUUUUUAUAAGUAGAUUUUCAAAUUUGAUUUAAGUGAAAAUAAUUAGAAUUAAUACAUAGAAAUAUGCAUUCAGUACCGUUAUGGGCGAAAGGCUACAUAGCCAAGUAUACCUCUUUCUAUUAUAAAAAAUCGUUUUAGCAUUGAUUAGCCGUAGUUCAUGUUUCAAUUAAAUCGACAAACUGUUGUACACGAUCGAAAAGUCGUAUCUUAAUUGCAUGGGCGUGCUGAAGAUAGUCUUAAAUGCUUUUACAUUGUUUGAUACUUAUAUAUCUUUUCCACUUUCUCUUAUUUCUGAUAUUUUGUAAUAUUUAAAAUUAAGCUCCAAAAGUUCUGCUGAAAGUCAAAUCUUAGUCGAUUUUAAUUGCUUAUUAAUACUUUUUUUGUCUUUA